AUGACUUUCGAAUCCGUUGCAAAGCCGAUCCUCGAGAGGGCUUCACCACCAACGCAAUCUAACUUAUCCAAGAGACCGAUUCCGAAGCACAAGUUUAAGGGACAUGAGAAACCUAUCGAGACUUUAAUCUACCUGCACGACAACGUCUACAUCGUGAGUGGUUCGUUGGACGGCACGAUGCGCAAAUGGAAUCGCAACACGGGACUCAGUGUUGGGGAACCAUGGAGAGGAAAUGGCGGAAACAUUUGGACACUGGCGCUUUCACCAGAUGGAAAGACAAUUGCGUGCGGGAGACAGAAUGGAAGUAUCCAGCGAUGGAACACAGAUGGAGAGAUGAUGGAAGGUGUGUGGAUGGGUCAUAGCAAGGCGGUGCGGUCGCUGUCGUGGUCUCCGAACGGAGACCAUAUUGCCAGUGGCUCGAAUGAUGGCAAAAUCCUCGUUCGAAAAGCAGACAGUGGUGAAGUCGAAGUGGGUCCGAUCGAGACAAAGCAAGAUGAAGUGUUUGCUCUUGCGUAUUCGCCUUCUGGCAGCAAGAUUGCAUCAGGUGGAUGGAACCACACGAUUUGCAUAUGGGAUAGCAAAACCGGGGAGCUCGUCGUGGGCCCAAUGAAAGACCUGACGAACAGCGCAUGGUCGGUGGUUUGGUCAGUGGUUUGGUCAUUGGAUAGCAGCAAACUAUAUUCUGCAUCCAAUGAAUUCGCACGGGUUUUCGACAGCGAAUCAGGUGAACUACUCCAUUCCUUCAAGCACGGCAAUUCACUCUACUCUAUCGCGCUUUCACCUACAGCCAAUGUGCUAGCCUGCGUGGGCGUCGAAGGCAUUGCACAGCUAUGGGACACAGAGUCCCAUAAACCACUCGGUCAGCCUUUUGGUGAGGAGGAUUGCACCAUCCCUGUAUGUGUGUCUUUCUCUCAAGAUGGAACACACCUGGCAUAUGGAGGAACCGGAAAGACAAUUACUCUCUGGAUGGUAAAAGACAUAGCUCCUGAGCUUGCACAAGGUGAUACACAAGCUACUCGACCCGAGUCCCCAUCGUCACUUUCCCGGGCCCUCGAGGUCGAUGCUACAAGGGGUGAUGGCAUUACAGACGAGGAACACAAUAAUCUAUAUGAUAACUUCUUCCAGUCUUCUGAGCCAUCUUUUCCAUCAGCACCAUCUGGUUUCCGUCUCCAAUACCUCUUUUCAGCUCGCUUUUUGAACGUCCUCAUUCCUUCUCGACGUCGCCUGCCAUCAAACAAAUCGCAAGAACACCACAAGCGUACUUCCUUCGCGCGUCUUGCUCGUACACAUAGUCCCAUAUCUACAACCACGCCCACCCAGCCAAUUGCAGGAGAAGAAGACGAGGAAAAUGAUGAAUCCAGCUGUUCAGUCAACGCUCUCGAACAGAACAAGGAUACAGGCGUAAAAGAACCUCCUGCCAAUGCACAGAUCCCUCCGCAUGAUGCUAUUAUUUCCUCCGCCAAGCUCGACAGCAGAGACAGUGGCAACUUCUGGACACGGCUAAUGCAUGCUCGAGUGAAGAAUCCUACUUCCUCCACAACAAAUACACGAUCUAAUGCUGUUGGCGUGUCUGCCGUGCGUGGGUUCCAGAGAUACGUCGCACGGGAGCCAAAAAAACACAAGACAAAAUUAUCGGCAGUGACGAGCGGCACUCCUGUUGCUCCUGUGCAUGCAAGUUCCUUGUCACAGGCGGGCCCAUCUUCCCAGGUUGGUCCUGCACAGACGGGCACUGCAUCAUCGCAGAUAGUGACUGGACAGUCAGGGCCAUCAUCACACGCUAUGACUGGCCACAGCAAUUAUUCCUCAGAUUCACAUUCAAUCAUCGAAGGCUCCUGUAUGAGGUUCCUCGACAAGAUAUGUUUUCCUCGUGGUCAUUAUUAUCAGGAUUCGUAG